AGAUGGCGGCAAAAGUACAGUUUUCAUUCUUUGCAUAAACAAUUUUUUAGAAAAACAUCAUAUAUUAGCUUUAUACAGUAGAAGAAAGCUUGGAAAAUUAUUGCAUUUUGAUUUAAUUUGAAUCAGAUGAUUUUACAAGAAAAAUGUGGCCAAUGCUACUUGACUAUACCAAAGAUGAAUCUAAGCGCAUUUUACGGCGUUUGGAGCUGGAAGCCUAUGCAUCUAUUAUUUCUGUGUUCCGGGCACAAGGAGAUCUUUCAAAAGAUAAGAAGAAAAUAUUGCAGGAUCUGCAACAAACUCUAAGCAUUUCCACUGAAAGGCACAGAGCUGAAGUGCGAAGAGCAAUUAAUGAUGAAAAGUUAGCAACUAUUGCCGAUAAUAUUGCUGGUACUAUAAGUACAGAUGAGUGGACCAUUGAAGGGCGGCGCCUGGUGCCUCUGAUGCCUAGACUUGUACCGCAAACAGCAUUCACUGCCACCGCCAAUCAGGCUGCUACUGCUAUGAUGGAAAAGAAUGCAUCACUGCCUCCCCCUUCACAGACUUCUAAUAAAGAUGGACCCACAGCCAUACUGUCAAAACCACCUCGUCCUUCUAGUCCAAAUUCAAAUGUUGUGGUCCUUCCAAGUGGAACUUCCAUUCAUAUUAAAGGUAUGCUGAACCAGGAUGAUGAAGAAGAGCUGUGUAUGCCCUCAAGGCGCAGCAGCAACCGUAGUCUAUCCACAGACAGCAACAGUGCAGCCUCCGUCUCCACACAAACUCCUCGUUUGACCUACACGACAGCCUCAAGCACCAUGCCUUGUACCUCACCUGUAAAAAUUACCAUUAGUAAAAGCCCCCAGGGUCGACCAAUAAGUGUUCAGUCAACAUCCCAACCACCCAAGGUGAUUCUGGUGACAAGUGCUGGUCCUGCUUCAGGUACGACAGUUAUUCAACGAUCCAUGUCAGUUCCUGUUGUAAGAACCCCACCCACCACUUUAUCAACAUUUGGGGGUCAAAGUUUACCCAGGUCCUCUGUCCUCAUGCCAUCUGGUCCAGUGUCAUCCUCGGUUGCUCAAGUUGUCUCAGCCUACCCUGGGAUUGUGACAUCUACCUCAAACACUAGUCUCGUCUCUACCACUGUUACUAUACCCAGUUCAACCAUAGGGUCUUCACAGGGUAUGUUUAGUCCCUCAGUCCAAAUUGGUUUAGGAAAAGUUCGCCCUAGAAUAGUUCCUCGUCAGCGUUACCCGGCUAUGAUUCCAACCCAAAAGCCUGGCGUGGUUAUACCCAUGGGUCCCCAGCUAGUCUCCCCCUCACAGAAUAUUCCAGCUGGCUUACAAAUCUCUCAGCCGCAGCACUCAACCUCAACCAUUCAGGUCAGCCAGCCUCAACAUCUGGCUGGUGGGAUCCAGGUCAAGACACUCAACAAACCCACCAUACAGAUCAAACAGGAAGGAGCUGGUAUGAAAAUUAUCACCCAAAGUGGCAGUAAAAUUCUGCCGAAGCCAUCACAAAUAACAGGCACUGGUGGGACACCAGUUGUAAUGGUCAAUGCUGGGCAGUCUACAACAGGUGGCAGCUCAGGUGUGACAAUGCUGCCCAGGUCAAUCUCAUCUUACACAGCUCACACAGGAGGAAAGGUUUUAAAUAUCACAACACCUGGGGGUCGUGUCAUUGCUACGACAACUAAGGCCACCAAUGUUGUGACAGUCAACCCUAAGACCUUGCAUCUGACCGCAGUGAAAUCUGGAUCAGGGAGCACCACAGUAUCCAAGCCAAAUGUUAUUGUUGUACAAAAGACACAACAUGCAAGGUUUCCGAGUCCCAUAGGUGCAGGAGCAACAAAUAUAAGAACUAUUACAACAUCCGGUUUGCCAGGUGCUAUUGACAAGGAAUUAAUGGGCUUGGUGCAUAAAGAUGCUCAAGGUCGACAUGUGCUAACAGCCUCUACGCAGUCUGUGACCACUGCUAGCACUGGACGAGGGGGGGAGAGGAGAGUUAUCAUAACAACAAGUAGCAGCAGCGGGGAGUCAAAACAACAGCCAAUAUCAAUAAUUCACCGUGGCCGCACAGAUGGAGAGAGCAAAACAUCUUUAUUAGCCGAGUUAAUACAAGCAGUUGGGAUGCAACCAGAAGGGGCUACAGUGGAAACUACAGCUCAGGGAACAGAUCCAUAUGAAUUUGAAAAUCUUGAUGGCACGUCCCAGCCAGUCACCGUAAAUUUACCCACUUUAGCUCCAUUUAAACAACAGCAAAUUUUUACAAGGCUGCCUCUGCAGCGACAGUCAGUAUCACAAGAGGUUAUAGAAGCGCAAGAAGAAGAUACAUAUACAUUUAAUGUUCAUACUGAAGAUAAAAGGGAAAGUCCAGAAUGUGACUCAAGAACAGAACAAGUGUUCACUUUAGAACAAGCAAUGUCCCUGUUAAAUAAAGAAGUUGUCGACCUCACAGAACCUGAACCCCCUCAGAUAACAUCUUCCUCCAUCCUGCCAUCAAUUCUUACAUCUGCAUCUGUUAUUCCACCAAUUACUCAUAUACAUGUUCAACCUAAGGUGAGUAUUUUAACAACAAACAACAAAGGAUUUGUCAGUGAAGUCAAUAAAGAAACACCUGGACCUCAUGCUGAAACUGUGCUAGGUGAAGUCAUUGUCUCCCCAGAAGAAGGGCUCAAAGAAGGUCAGCUUGACACCCAGACAGGUCUGUUCUACCAAGUGACAGCGAGCAACCCCCCACCCCCAGACAACUACCACGACACCGGUGUCAAAUUAAAGCCACCAGAAGUGAUAUACACCACCCCGCAACAAACACUGACACCACCAGCACACACCUCAUCCACGCUACCGUCAGUGGGGCAGCCCUCGUCGGCUGUACCGCCAUCAGUGACUGUCACGCAGCCCAUAGACUUGCUCAGUAGCUCUUUAGCUGAGGCGCAGAUCAACCUAGACUCUUAUAAUGAGGAGGAAGAAGAGGAAGAAGACUAUGACGAUGAAGGGGAUGAUGCAUACAAUGACAUGCCAGUCCAUUCCCCUGUGACCAAUGUGGGACACAUUUUAGGGGAUGCUGUUAGUUCAAGACCUGGUAUGGCUGAGGUUUUACGUGAAGAAACAGCCAAAGAUGGUACGAGGAUCCUGACAGUGACCAACCCAGCUUCGCAGCAGACAGAGUCUAUUGUAACCCAUGGCAACCUGUUAGUUUCUCUACCAUCACAGCUUUCAAGAUCAACAUCACUGCCCUCCACAGCGUCAUCGGUGUCAUCCUCACCCUCAUCAUCAUCCUUCAUCUCAGUGCAGGAGGUCAACAGACCCAUUGUCAACAAGCCACAGAGUAAUUUUAUCAGCGUCUUACCUCAGGUGGCCUCAAGUACCACACCCAGCACACAGACAAAUGCCUUACCUGUGAGUGUCACUGGAGAGCCAUCAGCUUCAGUCAUUACACUCAAACUCGAUGAGUUAACCAGUCAAAGGGUGGGGAUUGAAGAAGAUGAGCAGGUGAUAAGUCAGCAUGACAACAGCGGAUCAACCCUGUCUGGAACAGGUGACAUGCACGACUCAGUGACGGAAUCCUGCACUAGUUUACAUGAGGAUUUUGGAUCAACUGCAGGCAGUGAUCUGGAAUCUCACAGUGAUGGCAUUGUGUCAGCCGAUUCCUCAGGGCUGAUUAGAAGCAGCAAAAGAAAACGCAAGCAUCCGUCGGGCCUAGACGAACCAUCACAAGCAGCUCCAGGUAGCUGGGUCAAGGCAGCAGCCAGUUUGCUGAUGAAGGUUGCCAGAUUUAAAGGUUCACCAAGAGACAGGAAUGAGAUACCAGCUGCAGAAUGGUUCACAUUUCCUGUGGACUCUACAGAUGCACCAGAUUACUACACAGUGAUACAAAAUCCUAUGGAUUUUUCUACAAUGCGCAAAAAACUUGAGACUGGCCAGUACAGCUGCUUUGAGGACUUCCAGUCGGACAUGGAGCUGAUCAGGACCAACUGCUACCUGUACAACAGUGAGGGCACCAAGGUGAGGAGGGACUGUGAUGAGGUCAUGACCUUUUACAGGUCAGAGUUGGCCAAACUACAAGAGAAGCAGACCAGCAAGGCUUUCAUGCAGAGUGCAUCAUCUCCAUUGAAGCGCCCAAAAGCUGAUGAGAAAGCAGUUCCCAAAUCUUAAAAAAUUUAAAUUGAUAUAAUUGCAAUGGAAUUUAGUUAAGUAGAAAUAAUUACUUGAAUUCCAACCCUAAAAACUCUAUAAAGAACAAUUUAUCAUUAAGUAAAAAUGAUAUUUUGAUGAUACAGUUUAAAAAUAUCAAUAACUAACAACAAUAGACGUUAUCGUGAAUUUCACUGCUUAUGUCCAUUAGACUGAUUAAUUUAACUUAAAAAAAAGAAAUAAAAUGAAACUAAAAUCAAGAUUAUAUGAAAUUCAAACUAGCUUUUAAAGUUGAUGAGCAAGUAUUGACUACAUUCUGAACUGAAAUCAAUAAUACAAUCAUAUCAAAACUUCAGAAACAGCUAAUUCUUACUUAUUAUAUGUAUAGAUAUUUUAAAUCAUUAUUGUUGCUUAGCAAUAACAAUUGUUUUUCUAUAUAAUGAAAUACUGAUAGUAUUUUUAAAGCUCAACACUUUAAUGUUAAAAAAUUUGAACUAGUAGUCAUGUUCAUAUAAACUUUUUCCAGUGUAUUUAUUUCAAAUAUAUUUCAGCUUCCUCAGUAUAUGUAACAGUUUUAAUUUUUUAAGCGUUAAUUUAUCAUAGGCCCUAUGUAGUUUUUUUAACUUAAUAUUUUACAGUUUUAUAGAAUUUAUAAAGUAAGUUUUUUUUAAUACUUUUAAAUUAAAAUGUUACAUCUUUAUAUUUUAUCCCAGCUACUUAAAGAUUUAGUUACAAGUAAAUGCACUAAAAAAAACAACCUUUUAUGAAUAUUAUUUAAUGUAUAGCUCACAGGAGCUAUAACAUUAAAAGUUACUUUUCAACCCAAAGCAGUGAAUAUUUAUGUUUUCAACAAAUGCAGCUGAAGAAAAAAAAAGUAAAAAAAACUAUAUAGAAGUACUUGUGGGACCAUACAAAACCUUUUUUAUUUAACAAUUUUUUUUUAAUAAGGAGGCUUUAAAAGCAAAGGGUUGGAUAAAGUUAAAAGGCAUUCAGUUUCAAGUUUUAUAAUUCCAUGAGUUCAUUUGUACAGUAUACAAUUUUAACAAUGGAUGUAUUAAUAUGUGAAUAACAGUUUUUAAUCCUGUGCAUCAGCAUAUAUUUCCAAAUAUUUCAUCUGAUUACAAAUUUAACAAAAAAAAUGAAAUUUACAAUUAAAAUUUUUUGUAUUACGAGGUGCUUCAAGAUGUUUUGAGGCUUAUUGCUAAAAUAUGUAAUGUUUUCAUUCUUUAAACAUUUAUUUGUAAAUUCUAGUGAAAUUUAUCAUGGUCUUGGUGUAAUUGCUUUGCAAGUUUUGUAAAUAGAAAUACUUGUACACUAUGUUUUUAACCUGAUAAGAGUUUUGUGUUGAUGUUAACUUGUAAUUUUGACAGUGUAAAUGUGUAAAUAGCUGAGCUAUUGCUACAACUCUUGUUCUCAUGUGUUGUUUCAAUUGUUGGAAAUACAUUUUAUGUACUUAGUGAUGCUGAAAGACAAAACAUUGGUUUAUUUAUUAAAUAAAUCCUAUUGAAUUUUU